AAGUGGAUUUCUCCAUCAGAUGGAGGGUGAAUCAUUUAUGUUUCGUCCCAUUAAAGAUGAAUCAAGUUCUCGAGACAGAAAAAAGAAAUAUUCAAAAUGAUCAGUCAUGAGAUUUGAACAUCUGAAGGAAAAAGGAUCGAUCCUCUGCAACCUGUGCGCGUGGCAAGCAAUGGACCGGUACUGAGUGUUGAAGGCGGCGUUCUGGCUGCACAGUGACGUUUUAAGGCAGGUCCUGGUCAGACCUACCAAUGGUAAAAGUCGGUCCUACUCUGCUGGGACCGAUCGCAAUGAAUGGGUGUCGGUGCUCUGCGCAGCGCAGGAGCAUCCACAGCGAGACGCGGCGAUCAGGGGGAUGCGGCAUCGGUACGCGGGAGCUGUCCAUCAGCACCAAAUCCCCGCCAGCAAGCCAGCGAAGACCGAGCCCCGCCGAGAGCAAGUCGCGCCCGUUUUCUGCCUGCCGCCCCCGCCCUCUUCCCGAGAGCGCACCGCCGCCGCCGCGCACCGCCAGAGUCUCCAGGAGCUCCCGUGUCUGAUCCAGCCCCCACGGAGACCGGUCCACAGCGGCGACCCGCUCCCUCUGGCGCGCUACGACACCACCCGCCCACCGGCGCAGCGAGGAGCCGCAGCCAGCAGCGGGGAGCCGGCGCACCUGCAGCAGGAUCCCUGGGCCCCGUCCGGCUGUCGGCAGCAGCAGCCGCAGCCGCCGCCGCUGCAGUCGGAGGGGGAGCCUUUUUUUCCAGGCUGCCACUGCAGCUUUUCAGAGCAGGAGGCGAUCCUUCCACGGAACAAGCCCCCCUCACUUUUACCGCCGCCUCCUCCUCCGCCGUCCUCCUCUCUGCUCCUUUCCCAGGGAUCUAAAGGAAGGAGCGGGAACAAUUGCAAGGAGGGGAGCAUCGUGGAACGCUGCAGGGGAGGAGGAGGAGGAGGGCAGCGAGACCACAGGCAGUUGUUGCAGCAGCAGCAGCAGCAGCAGCAGCGCUGUCAUUUAAGACUCCAACAGAGGGACCCCUCCCCUGAAGGAAGCCGUGCAAACUCGCAGAAGGGGCGCUCUUUAAAUGUGUGCGAGGCCACAGAGUCUGGGAGAGCAUUUGAGAGUCCGCCUCGGGAGCUGCAGCAGCAGCAGCAGCAGCAGCAGCAACAGAUCCCUCAAUUACGCGCGCAGCAACAGCUGCUGGUGGGAAGCAGCUUGCCUGUCAACUACUGCGCCAGCGGCUCAGGGGAGCUAUGUAGGACUCAGCAGGCUCCACUGCUGCGACAGCAACAACAACAGCAGCAGCAGCAGCAGCAGCAGCAGCAGCAGCAGCAGCAAGGUGCGCUGGGAAUCUCUGCCCGGCGUCCGCAGCAACACUGUGAACCAGAUCGCAAUAAGUGCGCGAGGACCGCACAGGCGCAGCCGCACAGCCGCGUAACCCCGCCGGUUACACCGCAGCCACACGCGGGGAAUUCAGACUGCAGCAGCAGCAGCAGCAGCAGAGGCAGCCCUAACUACGGCUCCAGCUAUCACCUGUGGCCGGAGAGCCCGCAUAAAGGAGAGGAGAUAAUCCGCAUCGACCUCCAUAAGGCCACCACUGAGCAGAGGAAGCUGAGCCAUGCUGGAUCCAAGCCCUCUCUCUCUGAGAGCAGUGGCCGACUCCCUCAGAUAGCCAUGAACACCUGCAAGUACAAUGGCGGAGUGGUGAGACCAUUAGUGGGCAGCCUGGCGUCCUCGUCGCGCCGCAACCUCGCAGAGCUCGACUCGGAGACACAACCCUUGCAGACGCUGCACAGCUCUGGCCUGGAGGUGGUGGUUUCCAAGGGCAACGGCGGUGAAGACCCCAGCAAGGCUUCCAACGAGAGCUUAGUCAGGGAGGGCAGCGGUCGAGGUGGCGGGAGGGCUCCACAGAAGAAGAACAGGGACAUUGGCUACAAACUUGGUCAUCGGAGAGCGCUGUUUGAGAAGAGGAAGCGGCUGAGCGAUUACGCACUCAUCUUUGGGAUGUUUGGGAUUGUUGUCAUGGUGACAGAGACAGAACUUUCGUGGGGGGUUUACACUAAGGAAUCUUCAUACUCAUUUGCACUGAAAUGCCUCAUCAGCCUUUCCACUGUUAUACUGCUUGGUCUUAUAAUAAUGUACCACGCUCGGGAAAUCCAGCUCUUUAUGGUCGACAACGGCGCGGACGACUGGAGGAUAGCCAUGACGUACGAGCGGAUCUUCUUCAUCGUGCUGGAGCUCCUGGUGUGUGCCAUCCACCCCAUCCCCGGCCAAUACGUCUUCACGUGGACGGCGCGCCUGGCCUUCACCUACACGCCGUCCGUGGCCGACGCGGACGUGGACAUCAUCCUCUCCAUCCCCAUGUUCCUGAGACUCUACCUGAUCGGCAGGGUCAUGCUGCUCCACAGCAAGCUGUUCACGGAUGCUUCGUCCCGCAGCAUAGGCGCCCUCAAUAAGAUCAACUUCAACACGCGCUUCGUCAUGAAGACCCUCAUGACCAUCUGUCCAGGAACUGUGUUGCUGGUGUUCAGUAUAUCCUCCUGGAUCAUUGCUGCAUGGACUGUGCGUGUCUGUGAGAGGUAUCAUGACAAACAGGAAGUGACCAGUAACUUCCUGGGAGCCAUGUGGCUCAUCUCAAUUACCUUCCUCUCCAUUGGUUAUGGGGACAUGGUGCCACACACGUACUGUGGGAAAGGCGUGUGUCUGCUGACAGGGAUCAUGGGUGCUGGUUGCACUGCACUGGUCGUCGCAGUGGUGGCCAGGAAGCUGGAGCUGACCAAGGCUGAGAAGCAUGUCCACAACUUCAUGAUGGACACACAACUCUGCAAACGAGUGAAGAACACAGCUGCCAAUGUACUCAGGGAAACAUGGCUCAUUUACAAACACACCAAGCUGGUCAAGAAGAUAGAUCACGCCAAGGUCCGGAAACACCAGCGCAAGUUUCUCCAAGCCAUUCACCAAGCUCAGAAACUGCGCAGUGUGAAGAUGGAGCAGAGGAAACUGAAUGACCAGGCUAACACCUUGGUGGACCUGGCAAAGACGCAGAAUGUGAUGUAUGACUUGGUGUCGGAGCUGCAGGAGCGCAGUGAGGAGCUAGACAAGCGCAUCGGCACGUUGGAGGACAAGCUGGACUCGGUAACGGGCAGCUUGCAGGCUCUGCCCUGCCUCAUCUCCCAAGCCAUAUCCCAGCAGCAGCAGGACUUCCUGGACGGCUUUGUUCACCGUUUCCGGCCUGCUUCCCUAGCAUCGGAGCGUUCCGAACGCUCCGAGCGAUCCUGGACUUCCACCACCCGCAGGAGGCGCUCCCCCUCGACAGCACCGCACACUUCCUCCGACAGCGGAUAACUUUGACAGAACUUCUGCGAGAUUUACCAUUUGCAAUUAUUGCCUUUCCCAAAACUAAAAGCAUCACCGGUCCCAUCCAAAGCCUGCAUCCACGUGUGAGUCUGGACUUAAACCCAUAUCUUGAUCCCAUGACUUGAUUGAUCCCCCCACCACCGCCCUCCCGAUCAACCAAAUAAUUCCUCUGUGACUGACCUCCCAGCAGAGGUCUGGAUUAGAGCUACUCAAAAGAACAAAAAAGAGAAGAGGAAAUAAAAAAACACACAAAUGCAUCCAAGAAAAACAGAGUAAAAAAAUCAAGAAAAACCAAGAUACAGUAGAGAUAUGGUUUAUGUUUUAGCCAUUGUAUGGCUGUUCAAGUUAGCUUUUUUGUAAAAGCCCUUGUAUAGUUUAAAAAAAACAAACGAAAAAGACUGAGUUCAGGAUCGCUGGGGUGAAAGCUGGCUAUCACACCGGAGAGUCCUUAACCACACGGGGGAAGUUGGUCUGCGGAGCUGAGGGCCUCGGCUCACCUGGACACCUGUCCACCCGUCUGUCCGUUUAUGUUUGUCCGGAGAGGAGACCACUCCCUUCAAAAAGAGACCAGAGUCGUGGAUUUCUUCCUAUAGCUUAGGGGCAAAGGCUUUAGAAGUUGCUACGUCGGCGUCAGGUUUGAAAUGCACUUAAGUCGGAGAAACUGUCAGACAAACUAGCAAAGGGGAUGCAUAUGGCAUUACUACUAGGUAGGAUAAAAAAAUAUACACAUUUGCCAACUUCGAGGUGAAAGCUUCCUUGUUCAUACCAAGAACAAAGAAAGGAGAGUGACUAUCUUUUUUAGUUACAUAUUAACGUGAUUUUUCAGUGCCUGAAUGUAUAAUAAGUAGAGGGUUAUUUAAUUACUAAUUUCAGAGCUUUUUUACGAUGUUAACAGUCUGAAUACGGCAUUGCAUUCCUUUUUCAGAUACAUUCCUCUGCAAAAAUGUAAAGAAAAUGUCUUAAUGUAAUGCAUAACAUUGCCUUCAUUACACUGCAACUCCAAAUGUUUUGAAAGAAGCCUCUCUCUUGUCAUUUCUACGAACACAGACACAGAAAUGAGAAGUUCAGAGGGCUAGCAGAAGUUACGACGACCAAGCAGUGAAUUAUGAAAAACUACUUUUCUCACUAACGUCUCACCACUGAGGCAUAAACCACUGAAUUAAACACAAACUUCUAAUUUUUUUCCUUUUUUUUCUGCAUGGUUCUGCUCGAAAAACAACAACGGAGGAUUUUAACUUUGUGUUACUUUGGUUUGUUUUGAUGCUUUUUUUUCAUCCUCCUUAUUUCACCAAAUUUCUAGAAAAUGUAUUUACAUUUUUAUUUUUUAUUUUUUAGAAUAUCCAAAAUCUUUACAAUUUCAGAGCAUUGAGAGUUGCAGGAUGUAAUUCUGUGAUGCAAACACUGUUUGCAAUAUGAGGAAAAUAAUAAAAAAGAAUCCUGAGAGGAUACAAAUAAAAGUGCUAAAGAAACCAAUAGUUACUGAACUGAUCUUUUCCCAAAUACAAAAGAAAGGUUGGUAACAUUUUAUAAGGGUCCAAAUCAUACACUUAAUUAAUGAAGCCUUCUGUCUGAUUCAUAAUGAUUUCAUAAAUAAAUCAGCUAAAGGAUGUGA